AGCGCCACAGUCUAUUAACUUCAGUCUAGUCACCUGCUAUCUAUCCAACGUCAUCUACCCCUUCUUCCCUUGUUCAUUUUCUCUUCCUGUCUAUUCAUCUAUCCCUCUCUAUCCUUCUCCACUACUACGCAUCGUCAUUUUAGCUGAAGAUUGACAGAUUCCUUUUUUUUCGUAGUUUGAAAAAAAAUAGUGACUUCUCAGAUACAGUGUUACAACAUGUGCUUCGCGUGAAAAUCAAAAACUAUUUCCAACAACAACGAAUACUGUUUUUUUCUUGGGCAAAGUGGCAACACGAGCCGUUAAAGUCGUCUGCCCAAUCGGUGUAUGCUGUAAAAUAAACCUUAUUACAACGUCACAAUGGGGCCUGUGAUGAGGCCAGCCUGGAUAGAUAUUCAAAAGAUGGAUAUCAAAGCAAUAAGGGUCAUGGGUUUAGUGGUGAUGUGGAGGCUUUUCGCCUUUAUCGUUCUGUUAGCAGUGUUAAGCACUAUCUACAUCCAACCAAGAGAUCUCCGCCGAGGCAGCGUCAUCAAGGCCGCGCAAAGACCAGCCAAGAGAAUACUGAUCUGGAAUGUUUACUACGACAAGAGAGCGGAGGAAUGGGAGAGAGUAUUCCAGAGACUCCUGAACCGCGAGUGCCCCGUGAGUGACUGUGACAUCGUCUACGACCACAAGUUCCUCGACACAGCUGAUGCCGUCCUUCUGAAGAGGGUGCAGGAUGAUGUGCUCCCCGACCAUCACCCUGAGGGCCAAGUGUGGGUCUUUUUCUCUCUUGAAGCCCUGCAACACUACGACUGGAGGAUCCCGGAUGAAGCCCGACACAUCUACAACUGGACGAUGACAUACCACUCCUUUUCGGACGUUGUUGUUCCUUAUGGACGCGCUAUCCCCCUCCCUCCCCACGCUCAAAACCUCUCUUUAUCUUCAGAUAAAAGGAAUUACUGGCAAGAGAAGAACAAGGACGGGGUGCUGGUGGCGUGGAUGGUCAGCCACUGCCACACCGCCUCCAACAGGGAAGGGUAUGUCGACCACCUGCAGAGGUUCAUGGAAGUUGACAUAUAUGGGAAAUGUGGCCCCAAGAGCUGUGCCGAUCGCUUCACGCUCAGUCGCCUCACGCCCAACCACGAGGAGUGUUUUCGGAUCAUGGGGUCUUACAUGUUCUAUCUAGCUUUCGAAAAUGCUAUCAGUACGGACUACGUCACCGAGAAAUUAUUCAAGACGCUACACCUCGAUGUCAUUCCUGUGGUGUUCGGAGGCGCCGACUACGCCUCCAUAGCGCCUCCGAAUUCCUACAUUAAUGCCUUGGACUUCCUGUCUCCCAUCGACCUAGCUGAGUACUUGAAGAAGGUCGCAAGUAAUGAGACUCUUUAUAACAGUUACUUUCGCUGGAAGGGGAAAUAUAAGGUCGAGCUGGGUCAUCCUGUGAGGCCCCUGGUUUGUGACCUCUGCGCCAAGCUCCACGGGGAACAAGUGGUCAGCGCCCCUAAGCCGUGGAGGAGCAAGUGCGCCGUCAGUAGCCAAGAAGGUGCGAAGGAUCUUGAAGGAACGUACAGUAACAUCGAAGGAACGUACAAGGCAGUAGACAACCUCCGCGCGUGGGAUUCUCAAACCUUCACCUUGAGAAAAGUUUAUCUCUAAAUAAAACUAAUUGAAACUUUUUGUUUUGAGAGAGAGAGAGAGAGAAGAGCGAGAGAAUAUGUUUAUGAUAUUCACUUCGUUAUUUGGUUGUGUCUUUGUUAUAUUAUUGAUUUGUUUAUUUUCUUGUUUAUGUAUCUGUUUACCUUUUGUUUAGUUAUGUAUUUAUUUGCGUAACUGUAUUUAAGGUUAUUAUACUAUAGUCUGUUAAUAUUGGAUUACUUGCAUUGUUGGUUGAAUUAAAUUCACAUCACGUUUUAUAA